AUGAAUUUUAAAUAUUUAUAUGUGACACUUUUAUUGAGUGUCAUAUUUAUUUCUACAAAUGGAUCAGUUCUAUCAUCAGUGCUCAACCCUCAUAUUCAAUCCAACUGGACGACUGAGGGUUGUUCUAUGUUUGGUAUAAAUGGUAGUUUUGUAGAAGCUAGAAAUUUUACACCACAAAUGCCAAAUCCACCAUUGGCAAACUAUACUUGUCAAGCCUAUUCAGAUAUGGCAUGUUGUGAUUAUGAUCAAUCGAUUGUGCUUGCCACUAAUAUGGCUAUUGCCGGUGGUAUGUUUGGUCGUUGCAGUGCGUGCAUCACCAAUCUCUGGGAUAUGUGGUGUGGUUCCAGUUGCAGUCCGUAUCAAUCGUCGUUUAUGAUUAUGGACACUGUCGAUAAUAAAACUCACCAGGUCAAGGUGGCCACUUUCCUGAUCGAUGAAACCUACGCUGUGGGACUCUACAACAGUUGUCGUGAUGUCAAUGCUAACGGAAUGGGUCCGAUUUCAAAUACUUACCCCGACGCCUAUUCAUUGCUAAACAAUCUAUUCGGUGGAAGCAACAAUCCCGCUUUCCAAAUUCAUUUCAUCUACGAUCCAAACGGUUACUCUGGAAAUAUCAUCAAAUGCGAAGACGUCUGUUCCUGUGACAAUUGUCGUGACAGCUGUGUCAUUCCCGAGGAAGUAAAAGGAUUGAAUUUAAAUACAUCCUUGCCAACAACCUAUUUCUUUAAUCAUGAAGUUCCAUAUGUUUCACUUUGGUUUUUAUAUUCAUACAUGUCAUUGAUUUUAACAACUCUAUCGAUUAUUACGCUAUAUUAUGCAUACAGAUUCUAUAAGGUUUCAAGAAGAAAAUUAUGGAUACACUCGAGUAUCUUUGUUAUUUUUAUGUGGGUGUCAGCUAUGGCCAUUCCAUUGAUAAGUGGUCCUUCGGAUGCAAACGAUCGUCACCGAGAAUGUUACUAUAAGAUGCCAUAUGACUACGAUUGGAAUUGUGCAUUGGCAAUCUUUGUUGCUAUCUACUGUCCCAGUUGUUGUAUUAUCCUUGCUUGUAUGUCGAUUGCUUACUUUUACUUUGCUCGUGCAAACUUGGAUUCAAUGGCAUCGUCGUCGACUGUCGUCAGCGUUGAAAACAAGUACUACGAUAACUUUUAUUCAUCGGAAUCACCAACACUCCAAGCUAUCGGUAUAAAAGAUCCAUCGAUCAUUCAAAAGAUGUUUUAUAACUAUGGUAAAUUCAUUACUCGUCACCCGGCUUGGGUCAUUGGUUUGGCACUGUUGUUUGUUGCCGGUUGCUCGGUUGGUAUCAUGAAGAUUGAGAUUGAGCAGGAUCCAGUCAAGUUGUGGGCAGCGCCAACCAGUCGUGCCGUCCAGGAAAAGAACUAUUUCGACGAGCAUUUCGGACCAUUCUAUCGUACUGAACAACUUAUCAUCUCGUUGCGUAACGACACCAAUGCCAAUAUCCUCUCGAACGACAACCUCGCGCUGUUGAUCGAGUUGGAGUUGCACCUGAUGAAUCUCACUGCCGAGUUUGAAGGUAAAACAAUCACACUCGAUGAUCUCUGUUUCAAACCAACUCUCGAGGGUUGUAUCUGUGAAUCGGUAACAGGUUAUUGGCAGCGUAGUUUAGAUGUAUUGUCUCAACAACCAUGGGCAUCGCAUUUCAACUAUUGUCUCACCUCUUCGCUUGACAGUACCUGUAUGGAUGCAAUCGGUGUCCCUGUGAUGCCAAAUGUUGUGUUGGGUGGUUGGAAUACUGAUAACCUUCAGAAUACAUUCAAUUCCACUGCAUUUGUCACAACGUUCCUCUUGAAUAACUUGGCUGACAACCAGACAGUCAACGAAGCAUGGGAGCAAGUCUGGUUGAACGAAGUGAAGCGAAUCAACAGUAACACAAGCUACCCGUUCUCCAUUGCAUACUCGUCGGAGAGAUCGGUUCAAGAUGAGUUGGCAAGAGAAGGUGCAGCCGAUAUCCCAACGAUUAUCAUCUCCUAUUCUGUCAUGUUUGUCUACAUCUCUAUUGCACUCGGUAGAUACUACCCAAUUCCCAGUCGUUUCUCAUCAUUCUUUGUCAAUUCGCGUUUCACUCUUGGUCUCUCUGGUAUCUUCAUUGUUGCUCUCUCCAUUGCAACAUCGGUUGGUAUCUGUUCGGUGAUUGGCGUCAAAGCAACUCUUAUCAUUUCCGAGGUUAUUCCAUUCUUGGUGCUAGCGAUCGGUGUUGACAAUAUCUUUAUUCUUGUGAACACCUUUGAGUCGAUCCACGUGAGAACCGCCACUGAACAUCCAGCACCUGAACAAUCGUUGGCUUGUGCACUUGCCAAAGUCGGUCCAUCGAUGGCACUCGCUUCUCUCUCAGAGUCACUCGCUUUCCUCCUGGGUAUGCUCACCAAGAUGCCUGCAGUCGUUGCAUUCUCACUGUAUGCAUCGGUCGCUAUCUUCUUUGAUUUCCUUCUUCAGAUCAGUAUCUUUGCCUGUUUGUUGGUUAUUGAUACUCGUCGUCACGAGUCAAGAAGAAUCGAUUGUUUGCCAUGCGUUGCACUCAACGAUGGUGCGCCAUCCGACGAUGAUGAGCCCGAACAACAGCCAUUGGUCGCCUCUACCAACUCCUCCGACUAUGUCACCUACAAAAAGAAAGACGGAUUACUCAAAUACGCAUUCAAGACAUACUAUGCUCCAUUCCUUAUGCAUCCAGUUGUCAAGGUGGUCUCUCUGCUCUUCUUUGUCGGUCUACUCCUGACUGGAAUUACCUACGCUCUCCAACUGGAACUCGGUCUCGAACAACAAGUCGCACUUCCACGUGACAGUUACCUCCAAAACUACUUUGAUCAACUCGCCGACAAACUAGAAGUCGGUCCACCAUUCUAUAUCGUCGUAAAGGAAGGUUUCAACUACACAAGCAUUCAGGAGCAGAAUCAACUGUGUUCGGUCGGUGGUUGUAACAACAAUUCCAUUGUCAAUGUCUUUAACAACGUUCCCUACAUGGCUAAAGGUAUUUCCUCUUGGUUAGAUGACUACCUUUCAUUCACCGAUAACAUUGCAUGUUGUAGUGUCGAUAACAAUGGUACUCUAUGUCCAGUUGGUUGGACCGAUCCAGGUUGCACCAUUUGUGGUGAUCCAGCAACCAACAGACCAUUCCCACAGUCAUUCGAACACUUCCUUCCAAUCUACAUGAACUUCUUGCCACAACCACAGUUUUGUGCUGUCUCUGGUCUUGGCCAUCAACCAGACAUUCAAAUUCAAAACGGUACAAUCAUUGCAACUAGAUUCGAUGGUUAUCAUACAACUCUUAGAGAUCAAAAAGAUUUUAUUAAUGCACUAAAAGCAGCAUAUUAUGUUGUAGAUCAUUCUGAUUUACCUAUUUUCGUUUACUCUGUAUUCUAUGUUUACUUUGAACAGUAUCUCCAUAUCACAUCGAUUGCAAUUAUGGAUAUUCUUCUUGCGUUGGCCGGUGUGUUUAUUGUUAGUUUGUUGAUCUUGGCUAAUCCAGUGAUUGCAGUUCUCGUUGUUAUUUGUGUCGGUUUGGUUAGUAUCGAUCUACUGGGUAUCAUGACACUCUGGAGUGUAAACUUGAAUGCCGUAUCGGUUGUCAAUGUAGUUAUGGCAAUUGGUAUUUCAAUCGAAUUCUGUGUACACAUUGCACAUGCCUUUAUUCAUGCACCAAAACAUUUGUCAAAAGAUGAAAAAGCCAAAUUUGCAGUUUCUGAGAUUGGAAGUUCAAUCAUCAGUGGUAUUUUCAUCACAAAAUUAUUAGGUGUUGUAGUUUUAGGUUUCUCAAAUUCUGAAAUUUUCGAAGUAUAUUAUUUCCGUAUGUAUAUCUCAAUUGUCAUACUUGGUGCAUUACAUGGUCUUGUAUUAUUGCCAAUUUUGCUCAGUUUAUUCGGAACCGAUAGAUUCUCUUUUGGAAACUUACUGAAAAAGAAAAAUGAUCUUGGAUUAUCCGAUUUAUAA